CGGCGCGGCUUGGGCCUUCCGGCUUUCCGUCCGCCGCGGCCGCCAUUGUCUAGCUUCGGCGCAGCUGACAGACGGCGGCAGUGCGAGAAAGUCGAGGAUGGCCGUGCCGGCGGCGCUGAUCCUACGGGAGAGCCCCAGCAUGAAGAAAGCAGUGUCACUGAUCAAUGCAAUAGAUAUAGGAAGAUUUCCACGGUUGCUCACUCGGAUUCUUCAGAAACUUCACCUGAAGGCUGAGAGCAGUUUCAGUGAAGAAGAGGAAGAAAAACUUCAAGUGGCAUUUUCUCUAGAGAAACAAGAUCUUCACCUAGUUCUUGAAACAAUAUCAUUUAUUUUAGAACAGGCAGUAUAUCACAAUGUGAAGCCAGCAGCUUUGCAGCAGCAGUUAGAGAACAUUCAUCUUAGACAAGACAAAGCUGAAGCAUUUGUCAAUACGUGGUCUUCUAUGGGUCAAGAAACAGUUGAAAAGUUCAGGCAGAGAAUUCUGGCUCCGUAUAAGCUAGAGACGGUUGGAUGGCAGCUUAACCUUCAGAUGGCUCACUCUGCUCAAGCAAAACUAAAAUCUCCUCAAGCUGUGUUACAACUCGGAGUGAACAAUGAAGAUUCAAAGGAUGAAAUGGUGACUUCGAAGCUUCUUACAUGCCAGACCAGAAACCAGAAAUCCCAGCUGAAUGUCACAGACUGACGUGGACUACACUGAAGCAUUAAAGAGAAUAAGUUGUGGUUAGUUGUGGUUGGGUUUUAAGUCGGUGAAACAAAGUAAGGUUUUUAAUUUAUCCAAAGUUACACAUCCUGCUAGUGACACAGGUGGGAAUAGAAUCUAAAUAUUUGGACUCCCAAUUAAAUUACCUUUCUAUGUCACUAAAUUCCACUUUUCUGAAAGGUGGUAUGAAGGGUUCAUAUAGGGAAAUAUUACAGCAAGGCUUAAGUUAUUGUUUCUAAUACCAUAUUCAUUUAGAUGUUUUCUCCCUCCCCCCUCCUUUUUUUUUUAACCUUCUUUAAUAAUUUUCCUUUUAGUUCUGGUUCCUGAUGGUACUGAAUAUUAAGAAGAUCAUCUGCCAUUUUUGAGGAGGAAAUAUCUAAUAGUAUAAUCUUCCUCUGUGUUACAGCCAGAAGUAUAACUGAAGCACCAAUCUGCCUUUCCCCUUUAUUUUGAUUUACAGAAUAUGUUAAAAUCGAUAAUAAGAUGCAAACAAAAAAUCAUUCAUUGAAACUUAAUAAGCUUAAUACAAAUUCAGCACCAUAAUUGCAAGUUUAACAUUAUACUCCAUUUUAAUAUUAAUAUUUGAUCAUACAAUGGAUGUCUGCAUGUGAACCUUUUAUUUACUGUGGAGGUCGUGGUAUACAGUACUAAAGAAGACGUUUAACUAGAGCUCAGUUUUUUUGAUGAGCUCCCAGGUUCCCAUCGCAAUUUUAGACAACACAUGCUGUUUUACUGGAAGAGUAACUAGAGGAUAUAGUCUGAUCACUCUCUACCUCCCGUGGUAAACCUUCUGUUUUUGUGAAUUUGAUAGUUAAACUUGCCAUCUCUGUUAGAUGCUGCUAAAUCAAACUAAUAAAAUGACUGCCAAGCUCCAGCCGCUCUUUGUUUUAUUCCUUUAAACAUAGAUUCCUAAAUGGUCAUGAUCUGGUUUGUCCAAAACCACCUUAACUCUGAAAGCACUAAUAUCAAAAAUAUAAAUUUUAAAUUCUAAAUGAAAGAGAGGAAGGAACCUCUUCAUAAGUGAAAGCAUUCCUUAAACAAAUGAAAGCAAGCAGAAUUUUUCACGGACAUUUAUUUUCACUUUUCUGACCAUUAUAUGAUUUUCCUAGCAAUAAAAAACAAUUCCCUGCAGUCCCUCCAUAUUUAGUUGUUGAAAGAGAAAAGUACAUUAAAUCUUAAUGAGUGUACUACCUGUAUUAGCGUCUGGUGUUACUGAAUUUUUACCGUCAUCUAAAAGCAGUAAUCAUUCUUUACCUGGAGGAAGUUUCUAGUAAUCUGUUUUAUUAGCUGACUUUUCUAGCCUUCCUUUCAGUUACAGGAUUUAUUGAAAACUACCUCAUAUACAUAUGCACAUAUACACAUAUAUGCAUAUAUAUAUAUACACAUAUGCCUUUAGAUCUCUGUGUAUGUACACAUAUAGACACGUACAUGCAUGUUUUUGUGUGUAUAUGUUUUAUGUGUAUCUGUAUGCUCCUUUCUAAAUAGCAUUCUAUUUCAUACCUUGGAAAAAUAUAAAAUUAAAAAAUGAGGUCAAGAUGGCUCCUUUUAAGAAAUAAGUUGUUAUAACAGUUC